AUGGAGACCACCGAGUCUACCAAGGGAUCGCGGUCUCGGUGAGAAUCUUUGGACAUACAGCCUGAUGCUGGAGGGCUCCCGUCGGCUUCAGAACCGUUUCCUUCGGAUGGCCGUCCUGGGUCGGUCCUGGCAGCCGCCACCACUGCAGCUGCAGCCGCCUCCACCGCCCAAACCGAUGCGUUAUCUACGAAGACCCUAGCGCGCUACUCUGAGCCGAGCGUUCUCCUGGACCGCUCCUCUGACAGUCUUGCUGGGGAGCCCUGCACUGGAGCCGGCUUUACCCACAAGACAGGCCAUAGGAGACUUGGCUUUGAGCCUGUCUAUGUUUCCCGUUUCACCCAGGAUCCCUGUACUACAAAUGACCUUAGCUCUAGUCCUGGCCCUGUUCCUGGCUCCGGUUCUGGUCCUGGCCAUGGCUGUGGCCCUGGCUGUGACUCUGGUGGAGGUACUGGUCCUGGUUCUGGCCCUGGUCCUGCCACUGACUCUGGGCCUAGUCCAGACGGUGGCCAUGACCCUGAGCUCAGCCCCUCCAAUCUCCCAAGCUUCAGAAACCUCAGGGCAAAGCUGACCCCUAAUUAUGCCUCCUGGAAUCACUACUGCCACUGGGAACCUCGGAAACAACCCUGGAAAUUUUUGCAAGUCUCAGAACCUGGUGCUCGAGGGCAAUGGAAGACCCCCCAGGUUGAAGGGAACUGUAAGGUUCUCAGUGAAACAUUGCCUCGGGGCCACUGCCUUCUCUACAACUGGGAGGAGGAGAGAGCCACCAACCACCUGGAUCAAGUUCCAAGUAUGCAGGAUGGCUCUGAGAGUUUCUUCUUCCGACAUGGACACCAGGGACUGCUGACCCUGCAGCUACAGUCACCCAUGUCCUUCAGCACCACCCAGAAAGACUCAUACCAGCCCCCACGAAACUACUAUCAGCCAAUUCAAGGAAAGCGUGAAGCCAUGAUGGAGGUGCUCCUGCGCCAUCAGAUCUGUAAAGAGGUGCAGGCAGAGCAGGAACCCACAAGGAAUCACUUUGAGGUCGAGUCUGUGACACACCAUGACUACCGAAAGGAGCUGGUACAUGCCGGGCCUCCUGCCCCAACCAAGCCUCACGACUACCGUCAGGAGCAGCCUGAAACCUUCUGGAUGCAGAGGGCACCACAGCUACCGGGUGUCAGUAACAUCAAGACACUGGACACGCCAUUCCGGAAGAACUGCAGUUUCUCGACACCAGUGCCUUUGUCUCUGGGGCAGCCUUUGCCCUAUGAACCUGAGAGUUAUUCCCACCAACUGGGAGAAAUAUCUUCCCUUGCCUGUCAGGGAGAACAGGGUGGUGAAAUGCGUAGAACCACUAUCUGAGGACUGAGGAGGGAAGAGGGAUGUGGAAUAUGGAAUCUAUUUCCAUCUGUACUGGAGAGGUGGGAAGGAAGUACCUUCUGUCUGUACUUGGUGAAGGGGCUUUCCAUAAAGGGUUCUCUCUUGUCCUG